CUAAGAUCAUCCCUCCCGUACACAUUACUUUCCCUUGAACGAGGGUUACCGUUGUCCACAACAAUAAUGGCACCUAAAGUCCGGAAGAUCAAGCCUUUUGUUCUUCCAGAUCACCCUCAACAACACCAUCAAAACAAACCCACAAUCACAAACUCCGUUCAUUCUUCCGGCGACAACAACAACAGUAGCAAACUUCUCGUUCUUCCUAUCCCUUCCCUUAAACCAACACCAAUGGCAUCAGAAACAAAAGUUUGGAAGAUCAAGCCCACCGUUGCAACAGCCUCCGAUCACCGGCGUAAACAAGACGAUGAAAAGGUAGCCGGAAUCAAGAACGUUGUUGCAGAUUCCGGUGACAGUGAAGAACAAAAAGAUGAAAAAGAUACUGAAAUCGAUUUGGGUAUUUCAAUGGAUUGUCUUAAACUUGGUUCGAAAAAGAAGAAGAAGCUUCUGGUGAUUCCUUUACGGGGAAUCUUUGUUCACCGAGCGCAUCGGAGCUGGCCGGAAACUAUUCCGAGAAAUCGCCGGCCGGAUUUCCGUUACGGCAACUUUCUCGUUUACAUGAGGCCUUAUUGUGUGGAGUUUUUGAAGUUUUGUUUUGAAAGAUUUGAAGUUGGAUUGUGGUCUUCUGCUAGAGAACAGAACUUGCAAGGAAUUCUGGAUAAUGUUAUGGGAGAUUUAAAAAACAAGUUAUUGUUCACAUGGGAUCAAGAACACUGCACAGAUUCAGGUUUCAUGUGUCUGGAAAAGAAAGAUAAGCCACUGUACUUGAAGGAACUGAGUCAUAUAUGGGAGAAAAAGUACCCGAAUCUUCCAUGGAGCGAUGGAGAAUACUCCGCUUCUAACACGCUCUUGGUCACCUAUCCUGAGAAGGCCCUCCUAAAUCCUCCAAACACAGCAAUCUUUCCUCCGAGUUAUGAUCCUGAAAGCAAGAAGGAUGAUCUUCUAGGCCCAAACGGCGAGUUACGAGUGUUCUUGGAAGGGCUUGUAGAAGCGGAAGAUGUGCAAACCUAUGUGGAAGAACACCCGAUCGGGGACCCUGAGAUUACGCCUUCGCAUCCUGACUGGGACCAUUAUUGCAAGAUUAUUUGUUGUAUUAACAAGAAAAGAUUUGGUAAUCCAUCACCAAAGCUAAUCUGAUUCAUUCAGACCAAGAGGAGUGUUUCUUCCACUAAUUGGUAAUUUGGCUUAGAAUUUUGGUUUUAUAAUUCAGACAUGGGCCACUGCAAGAAUUUUAGUUGUAUCAUUUACAAAAAAAAAUUGAAGAUUUUAAGUGCAUAUAAUGGACGAUCUAGAGUUUAUCUAGAAAAAAAAUAUAGAGUAAAUUACAAGUUUUGUUCUUUA